AUGCCGCACAACGCCAAUGCUGGCCAGGCCGCCGCCGCCGUACGCAGACUGCACGCCACCACCCGACACCUGCAAGGCACCACAUCAGCAGCGACCACCGCGACCGAAUAUCCGACCACACACGAAAAGGUGCAGCAGCCCAUCAACACCCAGAACUUCAUCGACAACCAGUUUGUGGACUCGCAGGCCACACAAUGGAUCGACUUGCACGAUCCUGCGACCAACAACCUCGUCACCCGCGUGCCACAGGCCACCGAUGCGGAGCUCAAGGCGGCAGUGGACAGCGCUGAGAAAGCCUUCCCCGCAUGGAAGGCGACCAGCGUGCUGCACAGGCAGACUAUCAUGUUCAAGUAUGUGGCUCUGAUCCGCGAGAACUGGGACCGCUUGGCCGCCAGCAUCACACUGGAGCAGGGCAAGACGUUUGGGGAUGCAAGAGGAGAUGUGCUCCGUGGUCUGCAGGUCGCUGAGAAUGCAUGUGGCAUCACCACUCAGAUCACUGGAGAAGUGCUGGAGGUGGCCAAGGACAUGGAGACUCGCUCCUACCGGGAGCCCUUGGGCAUUGUGGCAGCCAUCUGCCCUUUCAAUUUCCCAGCCAUGAUCCCUCUCUGGACCAUCCCAAUCGCUGCAAUUGCCGGCAACACAGUCAUCAUCAAGCCCUCAGAGCGCGAUCCAGGCGCCACCAUGAUUCUGGCAGAACUCGCGGAGAAGGCGGGCUUCCCACCUGGUGUGAUCAACAUCAUUCACGGCGCCGCCAAGACAGUGGAUUUCAUCAUUGAUGAGCCACGUAUCAAGGCCAUUUCCUUUGUCGGAUCCAACAAGGCUGGUGAGUACAUCUACAGCCGUGGAAGUGCACAAGGCAAGCGCGUGCAGGCCAACCUGGGCGCCAAGAACCACGCCGCAGUUCUGCCCGACUGCAACAAGAACGCAACUCUCAACGCCAUUGCCGGAGCCGCAUUCGGAGCUGCAGGUCAGAGAUGCAUGGCUCUCUCCACGCUCGUCUUCGUUGGCGAGACCAAAGAUUGGGCGCCUGAAAUCGCCAAGCGUGCAAAGGCUUUGAACCUCAACGGUGGUUUCGAGCAAGGCGCAGACCUUGGCCCAGUCAUCUCACCACAAGCGAAGGAGAGGAUCGAAAGUCUCAUCGCAUCGGCGGAGAAGGAAGGCGCGACAAUUGUUCUUGAUGGGCGUGGUCAGAAGCCAGCAGAUAGCAAAUAUGCCAAUGGCAACUGGGUCGGACCAACCAUCAUCGCCAACGUCACCAAGGACAUGACCUGCUACAAGGAAGAAAUCUUCGGCCCUGUUCUCGUCUGUCUCAACGUCCCCACUCUCGACGACGCCAUCAAACUCAUCAAUGAGAAUGAGUACGGUAACGGAACGGCCAUCUUCACCGCUUCGGGCGCCACCGCCGGAAAAUUCCAAAAAGAAAUCGAGGCCGGACAAGUUGGAAUCAAUGUACCCAUUCCCGUACCGUUGCCCAUGUUCAGCUUCACGGGCAACAAAAAGUCGGUCGCGGGAGGUGGAGCAAACACAUUCUACGGGAAGCCUGGCUUGAACUUUUACACGCAGCUCAAGACGGUGACGAGUUUGUGGAGGAGCGAGGACGCCAUCAGCACGAGGGCGACUGUCAAUAUGCCCACGCAGUCGUAG